GUGUAGUUUAUGGAAUAAAGUGCACACCGCGAGAAAUUAUUUAUUCUGCGAGCAAGUUUCAGCAAAACAAAAACGACACGACUUGCAAAGAGAGGGGGCAGGAUAUAUUUUGAAGGGUUACAGAGUCGCAGCUGGGAGGCUUUAAUCUGAUCUCAACAUCAGAAAUGAACAGUCUGAGGUCGCCGCUGUUCUUUGGACUGGUACUUCUCAUUAGCACAGCUGGAUAUUGCAAAGAGAGGACAGAUCUCACGGAGUUACGGGAGAAUAAAACCCUCUUUAACUUAAUAUUGGAAAUCAUUAAUCAGUUACAAAAGCACCGGGAGGAGGAAACUAAUGAAGUCGACUACUUCCCACAACCUGUCGAUUAUACGUUUGAUUCCCGGGAAUUUCCGGACAAUGAAGACUAUCGUAAGGAGGAAAGAGUUGAAAUAGUGCCCAGAGAUCUGAGGAAGAUGAAAGACAAGUUCUUGAAACAUUUAACAGGUCCACUUUACUUCAGCCCCAAGUGCAGCAAACACUUCCAUCGGCUGUACCACAACACCAGGGACUGUACCAUACCAGCAUAUUAUAAAAGAUGUGCCAGACUUCUCACAAGAUUGGCAGUCAGUCCGAUGUGCGCUAAAGGCUAAAUUCGAUUACUGGUAUCAACAUAAAGAUAUCCCCAGAACCAAGAAAAGUGCCUUGGAAAACAACAGGGAAACACAUUGAUCUCAAUACCUUUAUAACAUAUUCCAUUGUGAACAAAGAUUUAUUUUUGCAAACUGAUGGAUUACCUCCAUGAACUCAUUAAUGUGCAUUUUGUAUGUUGUCAACAUUAUUUCUGUAAUUCUGUACAUUAGUAUAAAUAACUGCCGAUGUUACAAAGGCUGAACAUAAGAAAAUAACAACACUUCACUGUUUUCCUGUGUAAUGCUGCCAAAAAUUGCACAAAUGCUUUCUUGUUCAUGUUUGGAGUAUUAUUUUGUAUUAAACAUUGAGAUACUCAGAUACUGUUCAAGACAAGGCUAAUGUAUCCUAAAUUUACUGUAGGACUUUUUUUCAUGCUUCAGAAUGCUGGUUAUCUUUACAUGUCAUAUGUAAUGCUUAUGCAGUUUAAAAUCAUUUGCUGUGUCAUAACACAGCAAAAUAUUGAUAUAAUGGAAUGCUUGGGGUCACCCUCUACUCCAAGGGAUAAGUUAUGGUUUGCAUGACAUUUUUCUUGCCUUUGUCUUUACAAAGUAUAAUAUUUUACAACUACACUGUUAGGUUAGUACUUCGUUGGUUAUGGUUUACAUUCUCUGAGCUGAAAAAAAGAAGUUUGUGACCAAUUAUCUUUUCUCUAACACAGUGGAGUGUCAUUUAUACAGAUCUAUACAAGCUAUUGUCAUUAGUCACUGUACAUUAUGAAUUAUAAACAUUCCAGCUAACAUGUGCAAUAUGUAUAUAUUGUA